AUGGUGGGCAAGUCGGUCAAGGCGCCGUGGACGCGCCAGGAGGACAUCAUGAUCCGCGAUGGCGUGCUCCAGCGCGGCUUCAAGUGGACCGCGAUCGCGAAGUCGCUCCCGCACAAGCGCUCGGCCGACGCGGUGCGCAACCGCUGGCAGAGGCUGCAGUCGCGCCGACGAGGGACGCCGCCGCCCGCGCUGAUGCGCCCCAGGUCGGACGGGGAAGCCGACUCCGAGGGCGGCGCGUCCGCCGAGGGCUCUGGCGACGGCGCCGACGUCGGCGAGGACUUUACCCCCCCCGAGGUGGAGAAGCACGGCGACAUGUGGACCGAGGAGGAGGACUCGAUCAUCGACAACGCGGUGGCGCAGCGCGGGCCGUGCUGGGCCGCCAUCGCCCAGCUGCUGCCCGGCCGCACUUACUCCGGGUGCCGCAACCGCUGGGUGAGGCUGCAGGAGCGGCGCCUGGCCGCGGCAGGCCUGCACGUCAAGGGCGCGGCGCAGGUGACCGAGGUGCUGCGCAGGCUGGGCUUCUCGUGGGGGAGCGACGCGAACGCCACCGACGUGGCGGUGGCCGCUCAGCGUGGCGUCGAUCCUCACGCUUCUGCUGGCGUGGCACACCUGGCGGCGGCGGCGCAGCUAAUGGCGGCGGCGCCAUGGGCGGCGCACUGGCAUCCCGGCGCAGGCGAGGCGGCGUGA